GUGGAAACGAAAGCAACUUCUUUUUUUCCGAAUUAGUUUCAAGUUUUUGUUCCGUUCAGUCUGUGGGGCGGAUGGUCCUGAGCUCAGGAGGUUUGCUGAGAGUCGGUGUUUCCAGGCUGUUCUGAAAGAUUACAUCUGAGACCAGGAAUGCAGAGCACAACUAAUUACCUCUGGUUACUCAGUGAUGUCCUUGGACAGGGAGCAACUGCGAGUGUGUACAAAGCGCGUCACAAGAAAACCGGUGAUCAGUAUGCUGUCAAAGUAUUCAAUCAUGUCAGUUAUCUGCGUCCUUAUGAAGUGCAGAUGAGAGAGUUUGAAAUGUUACGGAAAUUAAACCACAAGAAUAUUGUGAAACUGUUUGCAGUGGAGGAAGUGGGAGCCACUAAACAGAAGGUACUGGUGAUGGAGUACUGCUCGGGUGGGAGUCUACUCAAUGUUCUGGAAGAAUCGGAAAAUGCAUUUGGGUUAUCAGAAGCUGAAUUUCUGAUUGUCCUGGAAAGUGUCGUUGGUGGAAUGAACCAGUUGAGAGAGAAUGGAGUUGUCCAUCGAGAUAUCAAACCAGGGAACAUCAUGCGUGUGGUUGGGGAUGAUGGUCAAUCAAUUUAUAAACUGACGGAUUUUGGAGCAGCUCGGGAACUCGAAGAUAAUGAGAAGUUUGUCUCACUGUAUGGGACUGAGGAAUAUUUGCACCCAGAUAUGUAUGAACGUGCUGUUCUUCGGAAACCCCAGAAGAAGGCUUAUGGAGUCACAGUGGAUUUGUGGAGCAUCGGUGUUACGUUCUACCAAGCAGCGACUGGUAGACUACCCUUCAUUCCUUUCGGAGGACCCCGCAAGAACAAGGAGAUGAUGUAUAAAAUCACAACUCAGAAGCCAGAGGGAGCGAUUGCCGGAGUGCAGCACAGAGAUGAUGAAUCGAUCGAAUGGAGUUAUGAGCUGCCCAUUAGCUGCAGACUAUCCCGGGGUUUGAAGGACUUGUUAGUUCCCAUCCUCGCCAAUAUCCUGGAGGUGGACCAGACCAAAUGUUGGGGAUUUGACCAGUUCUUUGCAGAAGCCAGUGAUAUUCUCCACAGGACAGUGAUCCACCUCUUCUCAUUGCAGCAAGCUAUGAUGUUCAAAAUCUACAUCCACUCCUACAACACAAUAAACGUAUUGAUGGAUGCUAUCCUCAAACAGGCUGACAUCUCCCCUCAGAACCAAGAGUUUGUUUAUGAGGGCCAUCGUUUGGAGUUGGAACUGACUCACCAGGUGCAGUCACUUCCUAAAACAACAGAGGACAGGCCCAUCAUCCUGGUGAGCACCGAGCCCAAGGUACUCAUUGGAGUUAUCUACAAAGAGCCUGAGAUACCAGUGUUUCCUCCAAAAUUUGAUAUCAUCAACGAUGCAAGUCUUGCAAAGACUGUGGUCAGUGCUGUUCACCAGCUGCUGAGGAUCACAAAGUCUCUGAUGAAAUGUCGGGAUCUGAUCCUGCGAGGGACAUAUUGGAUAACUGCAAUUUUGAAGAAAGAAUGUGAGACAAUUCUUCAGCAAUUGACAACGUUGAAUCUGAAGCUAAGUUUCUGUCAGGACACCAUGGUACAAGGCCACAAACUAUAUGGACCACUGACUCAGGGUCUGACAGAACUGGGCAGUCUUCACAUCAAGCUGCAGUCAGCUCAGGAGUUUAUCAUGACCAGCUCCCGUAGCGUUCAAAGCAUUCAGAAGCAAUUGGACCAGAUCGCAGCUGAGUGGUGCCAGAGCCGAGAUAUACAUCAUGAAGACAACACAGUUGGAAAAGUGGAAGUUUUAUUGGAGAAAGUUUCUUCCAUUCACAGCCAGCUCAGAAAGGACAGAGUGAAAAUGAAACUUCAAUACAAUGAUGAGCAAAUCCAUAAAUUUGAGAAGAUCAAACUGGGAAUGCAUGCAAAGAAGGUGCAGAUGUUAGUCAGAGAGGAUUGUGUACAGAAAUACCAAAAACUGUUGGCUUCUACCAAAGAAUGGAUGAGGAUAUUCUGCGAGACCCGAAAGCAACUGACAACCUUCAAAAACCAGAGUGUGAACUUCAUUCAGGAGCUGGAGAAACACCAAGCUCAUUUGAACAAGAUAUUAGAGCAGGGGCUGCCGAGGCUUCAGGAAGAACAACAAUCUGUGACCAAAAUACCAGCGUCUAGAGACAACUCUGAACAGAAAUGCAUGGAUAUGACAAUCAGGAUGAAGCAGCUCAAACAGGAAAUGGAAGGUGUAUUGUGGGAACUGGAGCAGAACAAUUUGAUCAUCGAAAGGCUCAGCAUCCAGAAGCCGCAUGGUGUCUGAGACCCACACAUUGAAGAUGGACAUGAUGUGGGUGUGACAUCUUCGGUGCUGUCACUUUAUAUUUCACUGCAUGACAUUUGGAGGAUCAUGAUCUGGGUGAACUAGUACCAAAAACUGGCUGGACAUACUUAUUAAAGAGCAAAAUAAUAGUCAAACUGCACCCACCCCCUUCCUGGAUUGUGUAAAAUAGGCAACUGCAAGUCAGCAACUGAUUUUACAUCAUUCCCCUCUUUAAUUUCAGCAACUUAAUGGAAAGAUAAAUCAGGAAAAAAUGUAGAACUGACUCCUGGCUCUCUACCAUCCAUAUAAACAAUUGAAGAAAGGAACAAAUCUACUACAUUGCAUGAGUAAUCACAUCGGAAAUGCUUACAGCUAAACCUCAUGUAAGUCGAUGUUUGUGUGUGUAUAUGACUUAGUUUGUACUCCAACAUCCUUCAGAAUUGGGACAUUGUGACGUUUAGGCUCAUCAUGCAAUACUCAGGGAAAUUAAUGAUAUUGGAAAUUAAAUCAAGGUUGUUCAUAUCAGGAAUAACCCUCAAUGACUCUAUGCUAUCAACACAAAGUGAACAAUCUUCCUUUCUCCUUUUUCGAUAAUGAAUCAGUCACCGUACAAGAGAAGUGUCACCUAUUCCUAUAUCCACUGAAUCUUGUCGGGCUCCAGAUCCACAGACACUGGCUCCUGUCCCACCCCAGGUUCACGUCAUUCUGCAUCGGUGUAGACAGCGAGUGAUGGAGAGCCGUUCGUCACUACAGGAGCUACAACAAUCCAACACUGUCCUCUCCUGCUGUCAACUCACAUUCGGAAGACACAGAGCUGCACUGGAUCACCUAGUUGUAGCUGUUCAACUGCAUCCUUGGUUUUGUUCAGAUAACUCACACCAGGAAUCAAUCCUGGGAUCUGCCUGAUCCUUGUUGUUCAACUUCACAAAGAAAUUCACUGUGGAAUAGGAGGAGGCCAAUCAGCCCCUACUCUUCUAUUCUAUCAGAUCCUGGCUGAUCUAUGCUUCAGUCCUGUUUUCCUACUUUUAUUCCAUAUCCCUUGAUGUUCUUAUCGAACAAAACCUCUCUGUCGCAAUCUUGAAAGUUCCAGCUGACACCCAGCACUUAGUCUUUGGAGAUGGGUCCAAUUUUCCAUUUGCUUUAGAAGAUUGAUUGCUGUUUUCAGUUUUUUAUGGCCUGGCUCUGAUAUCGAGGUUUUGCCCCUUGUUUUGGAUCCCCCCACCACAAGCAGCUGAAUCACCCAAACACAUGGGGAUACCAGUGCUGUACAUACAACUGACACCUCAGCAUUAAUCAGCUCUUAUUGCACUGAACCUACUCACAAGGUAUCAUUCUUAUGCAGAAAUUGAAAAGUGGUUCUCCAAAUAGGGUCUGACUAAGGCUCUGUAUGAAUGAAGCAUUUUUGAAAUAAAGACUAUUCAAUUAAAAACAAA